AUGAGUACAGGAACACCACCCCUCCGCCCCGCGAUCAAGAUGACGGUGAACCCGCCGAACGACGGGAGCGGGACGCCGCAGACCCUCUCGCCCGUCUCCGGCACCAACACGCCGAGCACGGCAGCCUCCUUUGCGCACCAGCAGGGCCACGGACACAGCCCGCGCGGCAGCAUCAGCGGGCUCGGCGUGACGGGUGCAGGCUUCCCGCGCACGAUGACGGCGGGGACGACCUCCUCAGUCGGCGACGGAAAGUACAGGCGCAAGGUCGGGUUCGAGACGUUCGAUGCCCAGCCUGAGAGUUUGUUCACAUAUACAUGUCAGGCCAAAUCCGAGGGCUACAAACGGUCGCGGAACACGCGCGUGUUCCUCGUCGCCGUGUCCCCGGACGAAUCGGGCGAGGACGCCCUCGACUGGCUCAUGAGCGAACUGGUGGAAGAUGGAGACGAGGUCAUCGCUAUGCGUGUUAAGGACAUGGGCGAGAGCGAACGUCACACCGAGGUCGCGCACGAGCACCUCCGCGAGGAGGCCAACGAGAUGCUCCAAACGGUGCUCCAGAAGAACAACGAGGAGGACGGGCGUAAGAUCUCGGUCAUUGUCGAAGUCGUCGUCGGGCACAUCCCCGAGAUGAUUCUUAAAAUGAUUGCGCUGUACCGCCCCGACUCGCUAGUCGUCGGAACGAAGGGGCAGCGCUCCAAGGUCUCGCGCUGGGGCAAGGCUUUCGGCGCGCCCGGAAUGGGCUCGAUCAGUCGAUUCGCCGUGUCCCACUCCCCCGUCCCCGUUAUUGUCGUCCGGCCCGAGCGCAAGGUGAAGAAGACGCAGGAGAAGCGCGAGGCGGCGGGCAAACGCGGCCAAUACGCGGCGCUCGUGGGCGACAAUGACAUUGUCCUGAGCCGGAGCAGGAGUCGCGAGCGCAGUCGCUCCAGGGGACGGAGCAUCGAUACCGAUCGCGAGUGA